CAGCCACCUCCUAGAUCUGCGCCUGCGGCGGCGGCCGCGGUUCCGCCUCGCGCAGGGCAAGUGUCAGUGCGCCCUGCCGCACCUCAGCCGCGGGUCUCUAUUCGCUGCGACAGCCCGCAGAGUGGACGGGCGGGAGGACCCCGUUCCCACCACUCUUACCUUCUGGAUCCGUUAUAGAGCCAUGUUCCCGCCGCUCGUGCCCCACCGGCCCUGCGGGGCAGCCUAAGGCGGCCGCCUGGGCCGCAGCGCUGCACGCCGGGAGCGGCGCUUUACGCGUGCGCGCCGCGGUGCGCUGUGGGUAGCUAGUGCGCGCAGCAGUCCUGGGUCUCAUCACCGUGUCGCGCACAGUCAGUUACUCGGCCACCGUCACUGGGCCCUGUGGCUCUGGUUUCUGCUAGGCGAGGGGCCUGGGCACCAGGACAUGCCUGAAACCGCAGGCGCCACACGCAAUGCUCUCUGCCCCUCCCUGGGCUCCUCCCCAGGCUGUCACUUAACUCCCGAGCUUAGUGGUUGUCAGCUCUGAUAGAAGUGGAAUUACUGGUCAAAGGGCAUUCAGAUCUGGGAGAAGUGGCCCCAGAAGUAAAACCUUCAGACAGCCAAACAUCUGUGGCAAUUGCAGAUUUGGAAUGGAGAGAAAUGGAAGGAGAUGACUGCGGGUUCCAUUAUGGAGAUGGUACAAACGAGGCUCAGGACAAUGACUUCCCCACAGUGGAGAGAAGCAGGCUUCAGGAGAUGUUGUCCCUGUUGGGACUGGAGACAUACCAGGUACAGAAGCUCACCCUCCAGGACUCCCUGCAGAUCAGUUUUGACAGCAUGAAGAACUGGGCUCCUCAGGUUCCCAAGGACCUUCCCUGGCAUUUCCUCAGGAAGCUGCAGGCACUCAACGCUGAAGCCAGGAACACCACCAUGGUGCUGGACAUGCCUCCAGAGGCCUGGCCCGCCGAGGAGAGCCAGACGGAGGAGGAGAUGAUGUACUGGGACCCAGCGGAGGAUGUCGCUGCUGACAUCUACUCUUUCUCAGAGCUGCCCAUGCCUGAUACGCCUGUGAACCCCCUAGACCUUCUCUGUGCCCUCCUACUGUCUUCAGACACCUUUCUGCAGCAGGAAGUCCUGCUGAAGAUGUCCCUCUGUCAGUUUGCACUCCCACUUGUGUUGCCCGAUUCUGAAAACCACUACCAUACCUUUCUGCUCUGGGCCCUGCGGGGUGUUGUGCGGACGUGGUGGUUCCAGCCCCUCCGGGGCCUGGGGAGUUUCCGAGAAGACAGCGUGGUCCUGUCCAGGGUGCCCACGUUUGCCUUCGUGCGCAUGGAUGUCAGCAGUAACUCCAAGUCCCAGCUGCUCAAUGCCGUCCUUAGCCCGGCCCGCCGCCAGUGGGACUGUUUCUGGCAUCGGGACCUCAAUUUAGGCACUAAUCCUAGAGAAAUCUCAGAUGGGUUAGUAGAGAUCUCCUGGUUUUUCCCCAGUGGCAAGGAGGACCUGGAUGUUUUCCCAGAACCCAUGGCCUUUCUGAACUUGAGAGGUGACAUUGGGUCUCACUGGCUGCAGUUCAAGCUCUUGACAGAAGUCUCCUCUGCUGUGUUUAUUUUGACUGACAACAUCAGCAAGAAGGAAUACAAACUUCUGUACUCCAUGAAGGAGUCAACCACAAAGUACUACUUCAUCCUGAGUCCCUACCGAGGUAAACGGAACACGAACCUGCGCUUCCUCAACAGGCUGAUCCCGGUGUUGAAGAUAGACCACUCUCACGUCCUGGUGAAGGUCAGCAGCACCGACAGUGAGGGCUUCAUCAGGCGCGUCCGAGCCAUUAUGUGCAGUGUGGCUCGCUCUCCCUGCAGGAGGGUGUCUGUGGAGGACAUGGCACAUGCAGCACGGAAACUCGGCCUCAGAGUUGAUGAGGACUUUGAGGAGUGUCAGAAGGCGAAGGACCGGAUGGAGAAGAUCCUCAGGAAGAUCAAGGAUGUGGAUGCCUAUAAGAGAGACGAGCUGCGGCUGCAGGGCGAGCCUGCGAGGAGGGCGGCCCAAGCUGAAAGAGAGUUCUGCCAGCUCCAGUGGGUCCCGGAGCCCCCAGAGAAGCACCGGGCUGAGCUGAGAAGGCGCGUCCUUGAGCUCCGGGUGCAGCAGAACGGCCAGGAGCCCACCUCAGGGGUCCAGGAGUUCAUCCUGGGAAUAAGCAGCCCCUCCCCGAGUGAGAGGCAGUAUUUCCUGAGAUGGAUGGAGUGGGGGUUGGCUCGACUUGGCCAGCCACGGCCAAGACAGCCUCCAGAGACCCUUCUCACUCUCAGACCAAAACUUGGUGGGCCCUCAGACUUGACCGAGCCACUCUGGCCUGAGCCCUUGGGAGUGGAGCACUUCCUACGGGAGAUGGGCCAGUUCUAUGAAGCAGAGAGCUGCCUGGUUGAGGCAGGGAGGCUGCCCGCUGGCCAGAGGCGCUUUGCCCACUUCCCGGGUGUGGCUGUGGAACUGCUGCUGGGUGGGUUGCCCCUGGAGCUGGUCGAUGGGGCCACCCUGAGUAUCCCUGUUCGAUGGGUCACUGGGCUUCUCAAGGAGCUGCAUGCCCGCCUAGACAGGAGAUCUCGACUAGUGGUUCUCUCUGCCCUGGGGGUGCCGGGCACGGGGAAGUCUACACUCCUUAACACCAUGUUUGGCCUGAAAUUUGCCACUGGGAGGAGCUGUAGUCCCCGAGGGGCCUUCAUGCAGCUCCUCCCUGUAGCUGAGGGCUUCAGUCAGGACCUGGGCUGUGACCAAAUCCUGGUAAUAGACUCUGGGGGUUUGAUCAGUGGGGCCUUGGCCUCUGCUGGAGACAGGUUUGAACUGGAGGCUUCCUUGGCCACGCUGCUAAUGGGGCUAAGUAAUGUCACUGUGGUCAGUUUAGCUGAAACAAAGGACAUCCCACCAGCUGUUCUUCAUGCCUUUCUGAGGCUAGAAAAAAUGGGGCACAUGCCCAACUAUCAGUUUGUGUACCAGAACCUUCAUGACCUGCCUGUUCCCAGUCCCAAACAAAGAGACAGGAGGCAGCUCCUGGAUCCGCCCAGCGACCUGAGCAGGGCUGCUACCCACUUGGAGAAGCAGGGUGGCGGCUUCCGGACACUGGCGGGCCUGGCGGAGAGGCAGCACGUCUGGCACAUCCCAGCCUUGUGGCAUGGAGCGCCACCCAUGGCCGCUGUGAGCUUGGGCUACAGUGAGGCCAUUUUUGAAUUGAAGAGAUGCCUAUUAGAAAACAUCAGGAAUGGCUUGUCCAACCAAAACAAAAACAUUCAGCAGCUCAUCGAGCUGGUGCGGAGGCUGUGACUGUGUUGAUUAUAGGGCCUCCUGCUGUGGCCUGUUGUGACGACAGUCAGUGAGGCUGUGUCUGUCACCUGAGAGUUGGCUGGUGCUUGCUGCUCAUGAAGCAGAAGGCCAGUGACAGCCAGGGCUGACGGCCUCGUCUUCACAGUGUUAAGAAGCAAUCUCAGACCAGCUCAGAGACGCCACUGAGAACUCCCGGAGGCCCAGGGCAGGGUGAUAGAAGCAGUCCGUUGAUCUCUGUUCCUAACCCAUGACAAGGCUCCUGGCCAUUGGCCCUCUGGGUAGCUGCUCCUUCAUUGGCCCCUGAAAUUAGGGAACAGCUCCCUUAGUCACUGCAGAUGCUGGCAGACAGGGAUGUUUCAGGUUGUCCCAAGGAAGCAGAAUCCACACAGGUCCUCUGUGGACCAGCCUUGAAGGUUUUGGUGAUGUGCACCAAAGCGUGAGGCACUGCCACGGCACUGAGCUCAUGUCCCGGUGUAUGACGCGCUCUCUGACCCUUGCCCAGGAAGUGCUCAUCAGUUACCCUUCUGUGGUCCAGCACUCUGUCAUCCUUCCGCAGCACCUCAUGGCACAUUGUCACGUGUGUUUACUGUCUGCCCCUAGACUGUGAGCUGCUUGAGGGCAGGGCCUAAGCACCAUACGGCUCUCGGUCCCUAGGACCUGGCACACAUAGGCGCUUAAUAAAUGUUUGUUGAAUUAA